GGAAUAUCGAUAUAAAAGCGAUGGAACGCAUGUCCCUCGAGAUGAAAUAAUAUCUUCCAAGCACAUCUCCUCAUUCCGCAAUGCCCAUGCUUGAAGCUGAAUUUUAUUCAAACAUCAUUCACUCUUCACCUCUUGACCUCUGCAUCUUCGCUGGUGACGACUCUUGGCUUUGGACACCCAACUCUAAGACAACCGAAUCUCAAUAUGUUCAUUCCAAUCGUCGCAGUAGUAGCCCUCGUGGUCUAUUUCCUCUGGAGACUGCGCCAGCAGCGAAGCAUGUUCAAAGAUCUCCCUGGUCCUCCGCAUCACGCUAUCUGGGGUCACUUUUUGGUCAUGCGAGAAAUAGCAGGGUCUCUACCACCUGAUGCAACUCCUCAACUUUUCGCCCAUUUGAUGCGCAAGCGAUAUGGCUUGGGCGAUUUCUUCUACCUCGAUCUAUGGCCCCUCGCUCCACCGCAGCUCGUUAUCGUCCAACCGGAACUCGCGACACAAAUUGUCCAGAAGAUGAAUCUACCAAAGGAGUCGGUUGUCAUGCAGAAAUGGACUGGCCAUAUCCUUGGCAAGAAGUCUAUGGUUACUGCGAAUGGACACGAAUGGCUGGUAGCAAGGAAGUCGUUCACGCCGGGCUUCCAACCGCGGAAAGUGUUGCAGCAUGUUCCUGGUAUUGUGGACAAUGCUUUACAGUUCGCUGAAGUCCUCAAAGAACACGCAAGAAACGAAGAUGUUUUCAAAAUGGAGGACGUGUGCGCUCGUAUGAUCUUCAAUAUAUCCGCUAGGGUUAUUUUGGGUAUUGAAUGCAACGCCCAGAGAGAUGACGAUGAGUUCCUUGAACUCUUCAGAGCGCAGGCAGCUCUCGCCCCUCAAGACUUCUGGUCGCGAUACUUGUACGAUAUCAGUCCCAGUCGGCACUACCGGAAAUGGAAAAAUGGACGUGCCCUUGACAACUACGUCGGCCGUAUCGUGGACAAGAGAAUCGCCCACGGACCAGCUACAGCGCCUGUGGAUGAGAAGAGCAAGUAUUUUGCCAUUGACGACGCUAUUGCAAUCGGUUUGAACAAUAAGAGUAUAUCGGGCGAUGCAAAGGCAUCUGUCAAUCAGGACACGCGCGAGAUGCUGAUUGCAUCAGUCAAGACUUUGAUCUUUGCCGGACACGACACCUCGGCUAGCACUCUCUGCUACACAUACGCAGCACUUGGCAAGAGCCCUCAUAUCCUUAAGCGUGUUCGAGAAGAACAUGAAGCACUCUUUGGCAAGGACCCCUCUAGAGCUGCAGUUAUGCUCCGGACGGAUCCCGCACUCGUUAACAACCUCCAUUACACUCUCGCAAUCAUCAAGGAAGCGUUGAGACUAUGGCCACCGACAGGUGUUAGUCUGCGGAGCGGACAGCCAGGUCAGACCUUGAAAGCGGAUGGCAGGGAAUGGCCAACAUACCCCUUCGCUGUUCUCGUGAAUAACUGCGCCACAAUGCGGCGUGAAGACCUGUUCAAAGACUCUGAGAAGUUCUACCCCGAGCGCCAUCUUGUUACUGAUCCGACGGACCCGUACUUUGUGCCCAAGGACGCAUGGCGGCCUUUCGAGAAGGGCCCGCGAACUUGUCUUGGGCAGACGUUGGCAUUGAUCCAGCUCAAAAUCAUUCUAGUCAUGACUUUGCGCACCUUUGACUUUGAGACGGUCUACGAAAACGGCACCUACAUGUAUCAGACAUUGGACGUUACUGCUAAACCGUCGCAAGGGUUGCCAACUCGUGUCAAGAUACUAGGGGAAAACUAAUCGAGAUACCAAGGGAGGGAUGGUGUUUGGGAGGUCGCAUUGAUGGAGUAUUGUAACCGGUCUAGACUUUUUGUUUUCUUUUUCCUUUUUGUUGAGCUUUUCUUUACAAGUAUGCAUAUAGUACAUAGAAUUAUUAUAUAUUGAAACAUCUGAAGUGGUCUCUAUGAAGAUAUC